GCAGAAGACCCUUCACGAAUCCUCUACAGCAACCCUGCAGCCCCAGACCGGGUCAUGUUCAGCCCAACAUGGAAGCCACAUGCCACGCCCAACUUUGUUUUGGUUGGUUUUGCGCCUUGCGGGCAGCUGCGCCAGAUCUUGGCUGUGUUGGAUUCAGCCGGGCCCAAGUCAAUCUGCUUGCUUUUUUUUGGCCCAAAGGUUUUGAGCCGAGAGGCAGUCGAGAAGGAAUUGCAGAAACUUGAGAAAUACCAGCAGUUCUUUUUGCGAUCAGUUGCCUACCAAGACUGUGGCAUCCCAGCUGUUGGUGGGGGUUGGGUCGCCGCUUUGAGGCUGAAACCAGUGGAAGUAGACUCGUCACUCAGACAGGCGGUUGAUCGGACGAUAGACUCCUUGCAAGAAUUUUUGGCUGCGAGCCGAGUUCGCCUUGAAGAAGUUGUUCAGAAAAAGAAGUCUGACAUGGUGACUGGUGAGUUUCUAAUUUGGCAAAAGCGGGCGGGGGGGAAGAGGCAGCGUACUGCGGCGGACUUUGCUGCGGGCAGUGAACGCCAUUUGCCGGCUUCUUUUGCCAUUUCUGAUGAGCAGCAACAGCAGAUCCAGAACCUCCAGCAGCUACCCGGCCAGUGUGCCCCGUUGCUUGAGCUUCAUUCCAAGAUGUUGUUCCAUCGCGCCGCCUUGUGGCAAAAUAAACCAAGGGCCAUGCUUGUGGCUGAUGCGUCUUGUAGCAAGUGGGCCUCUCACCAGAUCUAUUGUUCUGAGUUGCCACCCUUGAAGCCUCGGUCCACAUUGCUUGCGCUCUCCGAAAGCGAGAAAUUGAGGUUGUUGACUUGCCAGGAGACUUUGGCCGCCAAGGGGUAUCAACUUGGCUCCGUGAAGCUGCAGCUUUUGACUUUGCCGGCUGCGCAAGCAGCUUGCUUUUCCGCACCUCCCGUUGGUCUGAAUGGGCUGGCGUUCGCCGCCACAGGUUGUGUCCAGCUCAUGCGCAACCGCCACUUCCCACCAGAUGCUGACAACUUGUUUUGGCAGGAGACUAUUGUUGUUCGAGCAACGAGCUUGGCAGAGCCCCCCGAGCCGGGCGCCUUUGAAGUUUUGAACGGCGAUGCGUACAGAGCUGCUUUUUGGAUCAGUUGGGGCGCGGCCGACAAAACCAACAAGAAGGAGCGCGAGAAGUUUCUUAAGCUGGCCAGGUGUGUGCGAGCGACGCAGCAGAUGCUCUUACUCUGCCGGAAGUUUGCAGCGAUUGCGUUGGUGGAGAACAUGCUGAAGAACUUGUCUAUGGCGCAUACGCCGGAUGCUUUGGAGAAGUGGUUUGGAGAAGGGAAGAUUCAAGGCAUGAAGGCCGCUACUAUUGGCAAGUGCUUGCGGGUUCACCGCCGCAUCAUGUCAUGUGGAGACCCUCGUAUGCUAGAGAUCAUCAGCAAGUUUGACGAGCUUUACGCAAGCCGACAUGUUCUUGCGCAUUUGCAGGGCUUGGAGCUGCUGACAACUAAAUGCCACAUUGCCAACAAUCCAGCCGUGUCCAGCCAGCUGCUUCUUCGGUGUGCAGAGCAUAUUUACUUAGACGUGAUGUCUGGUCAGCUUAGCCCUGAUGAAAGCAAGGCAGGAUUGCAGGCUUGCGUCAACCGCUCGCUCUUGAAGAGGCGUGUGUGCCACUACCUCAUCAAGAAGCUCACUGUUCCUGAUGAGUUUGGUGGCCACCGUGCGUUUGCAGAUUCGUUCGCUUCCAUGGGGAAGUUCAAAGAAAGUGGGUUCGAUAGCAUGAACUCAGCCGCAUGGCUGUCAGAUUUGCCACCGUUCCAAGUCGAGGCUGUCGCUUUUAUGGCCAAAAUCUUGCGGCGUUCCCCAGCGUUGGAUGAGGUGUGGAUGGCUUUGGUUGGCAAGGACCCCACGAUUCAAGCUGAGGUUGCUUUGACGUCGUCGGAGUUCAAGCAUGCAGGCUUCUUUGACUUGGAGGGGGUUCUUGCUGGAAAAGAGGAGUGGCUGAGUCAGAAGAGGGCGCAGCUUCAUCCAAGUCCUGCUGAGCCUGCCCCAGUAGCUCCCCCUGCAGCAGAGGAGACGCGCGACCAAGAAAGUGACAAGCCCCUUGAAUCUGAGCCAGCAGCUGAGACUAAAGCGGCCAUGGAGGACAGGGCUCUUCAAAGUUUGGUCAAGUUUGAUCGCAGCAAGCUCGAGAGCUGA